CGGGAGCCGCCCCCACCCGCCCCUCUCGCGUCCUCCGUCGCUCCUGCGCAGGGGAAACAUGGCGGCGGGAAGGGAGUGAGCGGUCCGUGCGGCCCCGCGCCCGCAGAUUUCUCCAUCUUACUAAAGGAAAAACGAUUCCCUAUUUGGUAUAGCUGAUGGGUACCAUGCAAAAAUAAGAUCCUCGAAAAGAUGGAGAAAUUAACAUACAGAGAAACUGACUUGUCAGAGGUCAGAGCAAGGUAUUGGUGGAUCCAGGGAUAAAUCCCAAACUUCUUGACACCUUGUCCAGUUUUUCAUUGACUAUGCAGCCUAGUGAAAUAGACUGGAAUGAUGUUAGAAAACACAAAUAUGGUCAUCUGUUGGAGUCUGCAUCCCAAUAUCAAGAAGCUACUGACAUCCUGGAGUUAGGUCAUUUUACCUGGGACAAAUACCUAAAAGAAACAUGUUCAGUCCCAGCGCCUGUCCAUUGCUUCAAGCAGUCCUACACACCUCCAAGCAACGAGUUCAAGAUCAGCAUGAAAUUAGAGGCACAGGAUCCCAGGAACACCACAUCUACCUGUAUCGCUACAGUAGUUGGACUAACAGGAGCUCGCCUCCGCCUUCGCCUUGAUGGCAGCGACAACAAGAAUGACUUCUGGCGGCUGGUUGACUCAACUGAAAUCCAGCCUAUUGGGAACUGUGAGAAGAAUGGGGGUAUGCUGCAGCCCCCUCUGGGAUUUCGGUUGAAUGCCUCCUCUUGGCCCAUGUUCCUUUUGAAGACACUAAAUGGAGCUGAAAUGGCUCCCAUCAGGAUUUUCCACAAGGAACCACCAUCGCCUUCCCACAACUUCUUCAAAAUGGGAAUGAAGCUAGAAGCUGUGGACAGGAAGAACCCUCAUUUCAUUUGCCCAGCCACUAUAGGGGAGGUGCGGGGCUCAGAGGUGCUUGUCACUUUUGAUGGGUGGCGAGGGGCCUUUGACUACUGGUGCCGCUUCGACUCCCGGGACAUCUUCCCUGUAGGCUGGUGUUCCUUGACUGGAGACAACCUACAGCCUCCUGGCACUAAAGUUGUGAUUCCAAAGAGUCCCUAUCCUACGUCUGAUGUGAACACUGAGAAGCCCAGCAUCCACAGCAGCACCAAAACUGACUUGGAGCAUCAACCAGGGCAGAGGGGGCGUAAAACAGGAAAGAAGCGGGGCCGGACACCCAAGCCCCUAAUUCCCCAUCCCAUCGCUACCCCAUCCAAGUCAGCUGAACCUUUGAAAUUCCCAAAGAAGAGAGGUCCCAAACCUGGCAGUAAGAGAAAACCUCGGACUUUGCUGAACCCACCACCCACCUCACCAACAACCAGCACCCCUGAACCGGACACCAGCACUGUACCCCAAGAUGCUGCAACCAUCCCCAGCUCAGCCAUGCAGGCCCCCACAGUUUGUAUUUACUUAAACAAGAACGGCAGCACAGGCCCCCACUUAGAUAAGAAGAAGGUCCAGCAGCUCCCUGACCAUUUUGGGCCAGCCCGUGCCUCUGUGGUAUUGCAGCAGGCUGUCCAGGCUUGCAUCGACUGUGCUUAUCACCAGAAAACUGUCUUCAGCUUCCUCAAGCAGGGCCACAGUGGUGAGAUUAUCUCAGCCGUGUUUGAUCGAGAACAACACACCCUCAACCUCCCAGCAGUCAACAGCAUCACCUACGUUCUCCGCUUCCUGGAGAAACUCUGCCACAACCUUCACAGUGACAAUCUGUUUGGCAACCAGCCUUUUACACAGACUCACUUGUCACUCACCAACACAGAGUACAGCCACAGCCACGACAGGUACCUACCAGGUGAAACCUUUGUACUAGGGAAUAGUCUGGCCCGGUCCUUGGAGCCACACUCAGACUCAAUGGACUCCACCUUGAAACCCACCAACCUUGUCAGCACUUCCCAAAAUCUUCGAACCUCAGGGUACCGGCCUUUGCUUCCAUCCUGUGGCCUCUCACUGAGUGCUGCCUCAGCUAUGCGUAGACUGUGCGCCAGGGGAGUGUUAAAAGGAUCUGAUGGAAGCAGGGAUAUGGGAUCGUUUUGGAAACUAACUCAUUCCCCAGGGUCGGACCGAUACCUGGAAAGCCGGGAUGCCUCUCGAGUGAGUGCCCGGGACCCCUCCUCAUGGACAGUCGAGGAUGUGAUGCAGUUUGUUCGGGAAACUGAUCCUCAGCUUGGACCCCACGCUGACCUUUUUCGUAAACACGAGAUCGACGGCAAGGCCCUGCUCCUGCUGCGCAGCGACGUGAUGAUGAAGUACAUGGGGCUGAAGCUGGGGCCCGCGCUCAAACUCUCCUACCACAUUGACCGGCUGAAGCAGGGCAAGUUCUGAGCAGGAAGACACGGCUGACAGCUGAGGGGUGGGGCAGACAGGGCAGCAUUCUCCGACCAGCAGCCGGCUCCCGGUGGUUGGUGGCAUUCGGCGCACCUCAGGACUGCAGGAGGCUGUGCGGAGCCCCCACUGCUACCCUCCAUGUCCUUCCAUGAAGGGCUGAGGAGGGUGGGGCCCAGGGCUGACGCUGCUCUUCCCCUCAGUCCUGCCUCUGUUCUGAGGCCCCCUCUAUUUAUUUGCCAAGUCUGGCCGGCCUCACAAGUUUAGACUGAACACCUGCCAUGUGAUGGCAAAGGGUUGGACCCCUGAGGCCUCGGAAGAUGGGGCCCUGAACUGACACUCGUGCCCGGUCCCUUACCACCUGCUGGGCCUGGUGUGGCACCCACUGCCCCACAGCUCCUGCCUUCUACAAGAUACCCAGAUUCCAAACUCAUGGUGCAAACCUCUACCUUUUUUUAAAAAAAAGAUCAUUUUUGUAUUGUUAUUUAUUGUUUCUGGCACUUGGGCAAGCCCUUCAGUUCCUACUCCUCACUCCAAACAUGGGGUUUCAGGUGGAGAAAGACUGCCCUGCCCUGGUCCCAGAGAGGUGUGGCCCCUUCACAGAGGACAUUACCUCAGGGCACUUUCUCUUUGGGACAGACAGACCUAUAAAGCCUUGACCACAUCACUCAGUGUUGGGAGGAGAGGAUCCCUGUCACCUUCCCCUCUCUUCCUUACUGGGCCCUUCACCCAGCCUCACUCAUGGGAAUGGGAGUCCCUGCCCGCACUGACCCAGCACAGCUCCUUGCCCUGGCCAGAACUGCUGCCGCAGAAGGUUGGGCCAAUGAUUUUAGGCCGAGAAGCCCCUAGGGUGGUAGGAGGAAAGGGUCUCCAGGCUGGAGUCCGGCUGCACCCACUCCGCUGUCCACAUGCUUCCUUCGCAAGCAGGUCAGCACAGCUGCCCCGCUUCAUCUGGACUUAUUUUAUGUUGACUUGUUUAUAAAUAAAAAGCAAUAUAGA